UAGAAUGGAUAGGGUGACGAAGAUGGCAUCAGAGAGGGCAGUGGUGAUCUUCAGCAAGAGCUCAUGCUGCAUGUGCCACACCAUCAAGACCCUCUUGUGCGACUUCGGUGUGAACCCGGCUGUUCAUGAACUUGAUGAGAUACCAAGAGGGAGAGACGUUGAACAAGCUCUUUCAAGGCUAGGGUGCAACCCUUCUGUGCCGGCAGUGUUCAUUGGUGGCGAGCUUGUUGGUGGAGCCAAUGAAGUCAUGAGCCUUCACCUUAACCGCUCCUUGAUCCCAAUGCUUAAGAGAGCCGGUGCUCUUUGGGUUUGAGAGAAAUUAAAGAAAUAAACUAAUCACCAUGACAUUCUCAUCGAGCAAUAAACUCAGAUGUUAAUUAAUUACUUUUUAUUAUUUACUUGUUAUGAUCAGAUUAUAUUAUUAUAUGGCUGGGUUGGGAUAUAUAUUACAAAGUGCAUGUAUAUUAGCAUUAUAUGGUCUAUAUAUGGUACUAAAAAUAAUAAUAAGGCUAAUAAUUAACUUGACUGAUCGACGUGUAGUUUAGCCUUCUUCCUUUUUUCUUUUUCUAUAUUAACUGUCUAGGGGGUUGUAC